AUGGACUUCAUGAUGAAGAUGGACUUCCUUUUAAAAAAUGGUGGCGGGGGUGGCAUGCAUGAGAGCAUUCUGGGGAGGCUGUCCACGGGCAACCCCUGGAUCGACACCGUCGUCGCCGCCGUCAUCCCGAUCGCCAUGCGCUUCUUCCUGCCCGCCGGCACCUACAAGCCCAUCUCGGGACACCUUGCCCUCGACGCCUUCUUGCUCGCGAGCGUCCCCCUGCUCAGGACCAAGCGGCGCUCCCUCCAGGAGUGGCUGCGCACCUGCGGCCUGAACUUGUUCUACAACGUGAACAACACCUACGAGACUACCGUCAGGUUCCAGAAAGAGAGCAAGAACGUGAUGUACGCGCCAGAGGAAGCAGGCAGCGAGGACUCCGAGGAAGGGAAGAGGAACAACAUCCUGCAGAAGGCCAUCCUGCUUUACGUCGGACACCUGGGUCUUGAGUACAGGAGGUCUCAAGCGCUGUUGACCGCCAUCAAGCAAAAGCCGUCUGCGAGGGGACACGGUGGCAUCGACCGCUACGGGCGAGCGAAGCAAGCGAAGGUUUUUGGUGGAACAGCCGAGCAGCUCAGGUGCUUCAGCAUCAGCAUCGCUCCGCCCGAGGAUGUCUGGGUGCUAGUGGACGAGGAGAAUGGCGUGUGGUUCAAGCAGGCAAAGGCCGUGCACUCCGGAGGGGGCGGCAGAGACGGUUCGAGCCCCGAUCGGGACACGGUCACGACCAUCGAGUACGACUUCCGGUGCGAUAGGCAGGGGGGAAACGCCAAAGUCAAGGACUUCAUCCAGAGGGCCUACGAGUGGUACACGGACGAGAUGAAGUCAACCGAAGACCACUCCCGAUACAUGUACAGCCUGAUCGCCCAACCCGAGCCGGCCAGGUCGAGGCUCGGCAUUGGCGGCGUCGAAUUUCCCGGGAUGAACGGCGACGGGCGCGGGAGGAGCCCUCUCGACCCAUCCCCCCUCAGGUACAAGCGCUACCGGCUGGGCGACGUGAAGGACUUCGACUCCCUCUUCUUCCCGGAGAAGGAAAAGCUGCUCAGGGCGCUGGAGAACUUCGAGGCCAAGAGGGGCAGGUACGCCAUCAGGGGCUACCCACACAAGCUCGGUCUUCUCCUCCACGGCCCCCCCGGCACCGGAAAGACGAGUCUUAUCAAGGCACUCGCGUGCCGGACGGGGAGGCACAUCAUCCAGGUUCCCCUUGGGCGGGUCAACACCAAUCAGGACCUAAUGAACAUCAUGCUCGACGAGUCCUUCCCCGUCGCGAAGCAAGACCUGCCGAUUUCGCUCACGCACGACAACGUCAUCUUCGUGUUCGAGGACGUAGACGCAGCCUCCAAGAUCGUCAAAGCCAGGGACACCAACGACACGAUCAGUUGCAACAACGACGCGAGCAAGCGUUUCGUUCGUCCUCUAAAGGGUGGUAGCGCCGGCGCCGGCGGCAGCAAGAACGGCCGCGGCAAAACCGGCGGCCGCGGCAGCAGCGGCAGGACCGGUGGUGCCAAAUCUAGCGUCGGCAAGGUGGGCCAGACCAAGAGGGACAAGGGCAAGGGGAAGGGCAAGAGCAAGGGGAAGGGGAAGACCGUGGACAAGGCCGAGAGCAAGGGAAGUAGCAUCAACGCCGGCACCGCGGAGUCAAAGGCGGUGGAUGUCCCGAACACGGCACCAGCCCCGAGCAGCCUUCCCGCCAUGUCGCCGCCCCUCACCCAGAGCCCCUCGACGUCCGACAACGCCAAGACGGCGCCGUCAUCGCUGCUGUCGUCCCCUUCCACGAGCGGGGAGGACAUGGUGGUGGUGGCGGCGGUGGCCGAGGGGGAGGUCAAGGAGGGGGAGGCCGCGGCUGGGGCCGGGGGGAGAGGGGGCGAGGGUAGCACCGACGCGGCUGACGUCCGGGGUUGGGGCGGGGAGAAGAAGAAGAAGAAGAAGCAGGAGGAGGAGGUGGUGGUGGAGGAGGAGGAGGAGAAAGGCGGCAGAGGAGACGACGGUGAUGAUGAUAGUACAACGGAUGACGAGGGCAGCAGUGAUGACGACGAGGACAGCAGUGACGAGGAGAGGGACACGAAGCAGGCCGUGGGCCCUAGCAACAACAACAACAUCAACAACAGGAGGGAGAGGAAGACCGCCCGGGUGAAGUACGCCAACAAGUACGACAAGCUCGACCUGUCGGGUCUCCUGAAUGUUUUGGACGGGGUGGUGGACACCCCCGGGAGAAUCGUCGUCCUCACGACAAACUUGGUGGACGUGCUCGAUCGCGCUCUGAUCCGCCCCGGCCGCAUCGACAAGACAAUUCUUCUGGGAUACAUGAAGUACGACGCGGCUCUGGCGAUGACCAAGCACUUCUUUCCCGAGGAGAGCGAAAGCAUUACCGACGAGCAGAAGAAACGCCUCCAGGACGUCUUCAGCGACGAGGCCGCCGCGGUGCGGUGCAAGAGGACGUCCAAGCGCGGAGGCGGCGCCGACGGGGGCCAGCUGACGCCCGCCACCGUGGAGCAGAUGCUGGGCGAGCACGACAAGGUGGACGACUUCCUCGAUGCUCUGGAGAGGCUGGGGGAUCCCCUGUGAGGGGGGGUGGAAAAGUCUCUGGGACGGGGGUGGUGGUGGUGGUGGUGGUGGUUGUAUGCCUCUGCGCUGCCGAGCGUGUGUUUGUUGCCAAAUGUUCUGUUGCUGCGUGCGCUGUGCGCGAGUUUCACCGGGCGCUCCGACCACGUUUUGCACGUGUUACUUCGUUAUUUAUCCUGUGACGAGCAUACGACGCCCGAGUGACCGAUGGUCCUGAGGAUGACCUCCCCUCUGCGACCUCCUCUUGCCUUUAAAAGUAGUUAGUCUAGUUGUUAUUGAUUUUGCUGCGUUUUAUCUACUAGCUCAAAAUGACUGGGGGGAUACACAGCACAACGUUUCGUACAUAAAACAUCAGCGAGAAUCUAAACGGUUCAAGAGUCUUUUCGUCCCUCUAUGUUGUUGCGAUGGGGAUCAAUGGAACCAUUGCCUGCAUGAAGCAUUGUCGCGAUUGGCGCAAUAGAACUGUAAGGUUGCGCGUACGGCAGGCAAGGUGUGUUUGGUUUGUGUGUGCAUGUGUCGUCGUUUGUGCGUGAAAGGAAGGAUGAUGGUGGUCGUGUGGGUGAGGGACGUAUUUGUGGGCUGGUGGUGGGGUCCUACGCGGGCGAGCGAGGCACCUUUUCGGAGUAGUGGGCUUUCUGUGAACGGGCACCAAAGCAAAGCGUAGGGGAAGGGAGAGGCGAAGUGAAGUGAAGAGUUCUUCAACGGGCUUUACGGACCAAGAUGAGGAGGAAAUGCGAUAUUGUUCUCAUUUUGUGGUCGGUGAUCUAUGUUCCAUGUAAAUUAUUCAGCACUUUUUGUGUAUGGGAGGCGGGGGUGGUCCCCUCGUACACACAUUGUUUUCUUGUGUAGACGUACCGUAUGAAACUAUAAUAGCGUCUCUCCGUGUGUUAUGUGUACGGGUGGCGAAUUGAGGUAACGAUCAUAAAUGAUAGUGGUAUAGGAUCGUUGGGCUUUUUGGUGUAUUUGGGGUGAUGAAUCCACUGAGUACUGCGACGCACCCAACUUGUUUUAGCUCCCAAGGCUGAGUUAACCGAGAUUGUUUUGAACGCCUACAUGAGGGGAGAAGUCAUC